AUGGCUAAUCCAAUGCUUCUAAUAAUUAUUGCCGCAGUUUCGAUCAUUGUUAUCGCCACUGUUGUCACGGUUCCAACAGUUGUAAUAUUAAGCCGCAACAGCGCAACACCUACCGAGACAAACACAUUUAACAACCCAGUAACUCAACAGCAUAUACGACUAGCAGCACAAGUACCACUACUACUACUACAUCAACCACUAGCACGACAUCAACCACUAGUACUACAUCAACCACAAGUUCGAUGGGUAACUCAACAACAUAUACCACCAGCACCACAAGUACCACUACAACUACUACAUCAACCACUAGUACUACAUCGAGCACAGGUUCGAUGGGUAACUCAACAACAGAUACCACCAGCACCACAAGUACCACUACUACAACCACUACUACUACCUCAACCACAACAUCGAUGGGUCACUCAACUACCGGUACAACUACUACUACCACCACUACUACUACAUCGACCACAACAUCGAUGGGUAACUUCACUACGGAUACUACUACUACCACCACCACUACUACUACAUCAACCACAACAUCGAUGGGUAACUCAAGUACGGGUACUACUACUACCACCACCACUAGCACUACAUCAACCACAACAUCGAUGGGUAACUUCACUACGGAUACUACUACUACAUCAACCACAACAUCGAUGGGUAACUCAACUACGGAUACUACUACUACCACCACCACUACUACUACAUCGACCACAACAUCGAUGGGUAACUCAAGUACGGAUACCACUACCACCGCCACCAGUACUACAUCGACCACAACAUCGAUGGGUAACUCAGCUAUGA